AUGGAAUGGUCGGCGUCGGGCGCCGCCGACGACACCGCCAAAAUGCUCGACGAGCCGCCGCCGCCGCCGUCGUCGGAUGCGUCCGACUUCGUGUUGCGUCCGCUGCGCCUCUGGGAUCGACCGGCGGUUCGCCAACUAUGCAACGAAUGCUUCCCGAUUCAGUAUCCCGAAUGCUGGUACGACGAGGUCGUGUCGGGAUGUCUCGAUUCGGUCGGACUGUUCGAUGGCGCCGUUCUCGCCGCGAUGAUUGUCACCGAGACGAAACUCGUCGCCCAUUGUAAUCCGGAGGACCAAGACAUUCUGAACGAGAUGAAUAGCAAAGUUGUGUACAUAUUGUCGCUAGCGGUGACGAAAACCUAUCGGCGAAUGGGUCUCGCCACGCGAUUACUCAACAAUUUGUUCAAAACGAUUGUUGAUCAGUCGCCCUAUCCAAGAGCGGUAUUCCUGCACGUGUUGUCGACGAACACGCCGGCGCUCAAUUUUUAUCGAAUGAACGGGUUCCAAUGGCAUUCGUCGCUCGUAAACUACUAUCGAAUAGACAAUGAAAACUGCGAUGGGUGCACGUAUGUGAAGUACACGAACGGCUCGAAACCGCCCGUCUCAUUCUACGAGGUGCUCAAAAUGCUUGGCGGCGUCGUGUGUUUUCCGCUGAAAGCGAUUUGUCGAGUAUUGACGAUUUGA